AUGUCAUUCGGCAUCACAAAGUUUGUUAUCGGUGUUGGAGCUUAUGACAACAGACCAGGAUUAGCCUUGACGAUAGCAGCUUUGACGGAGACGCUUUUCUCCGCGGCCCAGCCGGAGCAAACACGGCGGGUGAGCAGCGUUACGCAACGGGGCCGUCACGCCCUGGUUGGCGCAGAACUGGCACGCAACCGUGGCGCCUCGGCCGGCGUGCUCGCUAGGAAUGUCACGGCACCGGCUCAGAUGAUACACGCUUCUGAGUUCAGAGAGCUCGAAAUACCGUGGCAAAGCCGCGUGCCUUACCACGGCAAAUCUGUGUAU